AUGACAAGUCCCACCUAUAGGAUUGAUCCAUUGGGCCACCCUGAACUGGUAGCAAAGGACGAGGAGCACCAGGUCACGUAUGGUGAUAUGGCUGCUCAGCCAGGAUCAAAUGAGCUUCCGUGUCACCAGCCGACGCAGUUUCCACUACCUUAUUCCCGCUUCGCCGUCAUGUUCAUUGACCAUCGGGGAGAGCUCCAGGUGGAAACAUCGUCAUGCCUUGCCGGUUAUGAGAAGGCGAUUUUCACGGACGAGGUGCAAGAGAGGUUUCUAAAGUUCGUUAAUCGAGAGUGGCAGCCUAAUUUGCAGAAUAUACCAGCGAUGGGACUGCCAGCCUCUUCCUGGUAUCCUCCAACCCAACACCGACCGACAGGACUAAUUCCCUACGAAUGGCAGUCCAUCCAGGGCGAGCGACGCAGGCGCCUGCGACGCGUCGAUUCUGGUAUUGCACACUCAUGGAACCCCCCUUCCCCAAGUCCCCCUCUCAAACGAACAACACUUCGCGUUGGGCAUACUCAGCUCCUGCGGAAAUAUUAUGAGAGAGCAUUCGAAGAUUUUCAGCAGCUCAACUGCCGCGUGAUUGCAAAGGCACUGGCCAAUUUUCUGGACCCAGAGGAUACACAGCCGGACCCAGAGAAGACAAAGCCAAGGUGGUGGCCGGAAGGCGUGAAACACAAAGAGCCGGAUCAUCUUCACAAGCGUGAGCGGAUCCGGCUCCUGGUACAUAUUCUCUGCGAACUUAAAGACAGUCACGGAGUCACCGCCGCAAAACUCAAAGAUGCUGGCCUAGACGUGAGGCGGCAGAUUCAGCCAGAAAAGCGUCUGCAAGUUCUGGACGAGAUUUACUAUGUUCGCAACCAGGAAGAGCUAUAUCUGGAUGGGAAGAUCAGCGGCGACCACAUGGUCCACGUUUCGUAUGGACACAUGGAAGAAGAGGUGCAAGGUAGCGUUCUUGACCACCCUGCCUCGAGCUCAACAACGCAAACAAACCAGCAGCCGAUCCGCAGGUCAUACCGCGAUAUCCCUAUCAUCUCAGAAGACCUACCUCACCGGUCGCUAAGGAACGGCAAACGACCUGCAGACUCUGAGUGCUACCGGCCCAUCUCACCAGCCUCAUCGGCGAGUCGGAACAGUUCGCUGGAGAGGGGCGUAACAAGCUACUCCUCUGAUAUUGACCCGGCAAUACUAUCAAAGACUGAGCCCGCCAGAAACACAAGCGCAUCCCAGAGUCUCCAUCCCCAGGGACCUAGCUCAUUACCCGACAUUUACGCCCAACAAUUUGCCACGCAGCCGCAGAGUACCCAUCCUGGGUUCUGGGAUACGCUCGCGACAUCUACCGUGCACCCUCAAUUCUCUUUUUCCAGUUAUUGA